AUGGCCCACCACCGGAUCCAUGUCGCCGUGCUAGACACAGACGUUCCUUGCCCGUCAGUAUACGCCAAGCACGGUCUUUAUAGCUCUCAGUUUCGCGUCCUUCUCCAAGCAGCGGCUGCGCGCAUCAAUCAGGAUCCAGAUAUUACCCUGCAUAAUGGCCCACUGACUGUGCAUGUCACGGCAUUCGAUGCAGUGGGCGGCUCACUGCCGCCACUGGAUUGUCUGCGGAUUAAACCUCAUUCUCAGGACGAGUCCCAUGCUAGUAGUCUAUUCAGCCCAGUCGACGCGAUUCUCAUUACUGGAUCGGCGGUCUCCGCAUAUGAUCAACACCCUUGGAUCGCAGAUCUUCAAUCGUUUGUUCAGAUCGUCCACGGCAAUUACCCUCGAGUCAAGUUGUUCGGUUCCUGCUUCGGCCACCAGCUGAUCGCGCAAGCCUUGCUCUCAAGCGCCACGGAAGAAUCAACCGCUAGGUCUACGUUCCACGUUGAACCUGCCGCGGCAGGCUUUGAGAUGGGAAUCCAGCCCAUCACCUUGACACCCUCCUUCAGUGCACACUUUGCGCCUCUCGCUCGCGUAUCAUCUAAAGGUCCAUUUCGCAUACAGUUAAUCCACGGCGACCAAGUAGUACCUACGCCCGAGGCCACCGCCGCUGCUACCGCCUCUGGCAAGUCCUCCGUCUCCCUCCCAGCUCCAUGGAUGAAGAUCGGCAGCAGCGCUCAGUGCCCGAUCCAAGGACUGUACAGCCCCGGCCGCGUGCUGACAUAUCAGGGCCACUUCGAGUUCAACGCCACUGACAAUGUCGAGCUCACACAAGCCUUUGGACGCCGCAUGAACUGGCCCGAGCCGCUGGUCGCCUCGUACGUGGAGCAAAUCCAGCGCUCCAUCGUACCGGGGCAAGACGACGACGAUGACUCGAAAGCUGCGGCUGAGGCAGCGCUACUCUUCUUCGCGGGCGAAGACCAGCCGGCCGCCCAAGCUGGUACACCAAGCGGCCUGAUCACGCCGCCAAUUGAGGAGCUUGUUGCCGCGUGA